CGCCGUACGCCCUGUCUCACGUUGUUCAAGGCAGGCGCGUGGAGUGAUGCAAAGAUGGCGGAGCUGCAGAUGCUGCUGGAGGAGGAAAUUCCAGCGGGUCGCAGGGCGUUACUGGACAGUUACACCAACCUCGAAAGAGUCGCCGAAUACUGUGAAAGCAGCUACGUGCAGUCUCCAGACAAACACAUCGCUCUAGAGGAAACCAAGAACUACACAACUCAGUCCCUGGCCAGCGUGGCCUACUUGAUCAACACACUCGCCAACAAUGUGCUCCAAAUGCUUGAUAUCCAGGCGUCCCAGCUACGUCGCAUGGAGUCCUCCAUCAACCACAUCUCUCAGACAGUGGACAUCCAUAAAGAAAAGGUGGCAAGGCGGGAGAUCGGUAUCCUCACAACCAAUAAGAAUACCUUCCGCACCCAUAAAAUCAUUGCUCCAGCCAAUUCCGAGAGGCCGGUGCGGUACAUUCGCAAAUCUAUCGACUACAGUGUCAUGGAUGAUAUCGGCCAUGGUGUGAAGUGGUUGCUUAGAUUUAAGGUCAGUAACCAUAACGUGAAAAUGGGCGGCCUUCCUCGUACCACACCUCCCACACAGAAACCACCCAGCCCCCCAAUGCCAGGCAAGGGCACCGUAGGGAGGCACUCCCCCUACAGAACACUUGAACCUGUGCGUCCUCCUGUGGUACCUAAUGACUAUGUCCAAAGCCCCACGCGCAAUAUGGUGCCCAUGCAGCUGCAAAGUCCUGUGCGCACUGCGUCGGUUAAUCAGAGGAAUCGUACUUACAGCAGCGGAAGCAGUGGCGGCAGUCACCCCAGCAGCAGUCGAAGCAGCAGUCGUGAAAACAGCGGCAGUGGCAGUGUAGGCGUUCCCAUCGCUGUACCCACACCUUCUCCACCCAGCACCUUUCCAGCUGCUGUUUCUGGUCUCUCCAGUGCACCCUUAGCUCCAACUAACUCCACCCAGCCCUCUGUCACUUCCUCUAGUUUAACCCCCACCCAACCCUCACUCAGCCCCACUGUUGUCCCUGAGUCUCUCCCCACUCACCCCGACACCACUGAAAGUUCUCCAGUCCCAGCUAAGGGCCGUCAACCCUCUCAACCACCCUUCACUUCAGCUGCAACUAGUGCUACAACCAACCCUGAAACCGGUGGUCCUCAGUUCUACAGCAUGAACAGGCCCGUCCCCAGACAGAUCACACCCACAGUGGGUGGGUCUCUGCCAUAUCGCCGGCCACCCUCAAUCACGGGCCAGGCUUCCAUGCCCCCCAGCCAGCAAAACGGAGGACCCUAUUACAGUCAGAACCAAGCCUCAGUUGCCCCCCCUCCCCCAUCCAUCCUGCAGAUCACACCCCAGCUUCCACUGACGGGUUUUGUGGCUCGUGUUCAGGAAACCAUUUCAGAUUCACCUCCCCCACCUCCCCCUGUAGAAGAGCCUGUAUCUGAGGAGACGCAGAAUCAUCCUCCUCCAGUGGAGUAUGAGGAAGGGGAGUCUGCUGUGGUAGAGUACAGUGACCCGUACGCUGAAGAAGACCCACCCUGGGCGCCACAAACCUACCUGGAGAAAGUGGUGGCAAUCUACGAUUACAUUCAAGACAAGGAAGAUGAGUUGUCUUUCCAGGAAGGGGCCAUCAUCUACGUCAUUAAGAAGAACGAUGAUGGCUGGUUUGAAGGCGUGAUGAACAGCAAUACAGGACUCUUCCCUGGAAACUACGUCGAGUCCAUCAUGCACUACACAGAGUGAGAAUGUCCUCUGCCCUAACCCCUCAACACCAGCGCUAAUCUUACCAGGUGUAGAAGUGCAUGAAUACAAACAACCAUGCUAAUAACCAGGCUGUGUUCAGAGACGAGUGGUGUGACUGUGGGAAGAGAACACUUUACUGUUAUGAAGCUGAACAUUCAAACUUAACAGCCUGAAGGUUUUACAACAAGGACAUUGAGAACUCACACUACUAGAUAAAGUGUGUGUGUGUGUGUGUGUGAUAUAUAUAUAUAUAUAUAUAUAUAUGUGUAUAUAUAUAUAUGUAACAAUAAAAACCAUUAAUGAGUUUACUGUUAUUUCAAAUGAAGGUAGAAUUGGAGUAGGUACCAUUGAUAUCUCUUUAUUUUCUUCUAGUUUAUAACCUUUGCUCAUUCCACAUUGCAGUGUUUUGGGAGGCAGAACUCGGGCUGACUGAAAUGGAUUAUUUUUAUUUUUUUGGAUUAACCUGAGGUUGGUUCAUGGUGUGUUUUACAGUGAGGUGUUGUACAAAAAGGGAAUUAAUUACAAUAAUAUUGUACUUGAAGCUUUGAGCCUUCAUGAGGAACAGAGAAAGUGUGGAAUUGAUUAGACUGAAUAUUGAGAAGUUGUUUUCUGUUUAUUCCAUGUUGUGACAACUUUUUUUUUUAUUUGUGUGUAAAGUCUAUGUAAAGUAUUGUCUGAUUUAUCUGGUAUCUUUGCUAUCUAAUCUAAUUCAUUUCAUUGGAAAGUUUAUAUUUGUAACUAAGACCAAAGUACAAAAAGUAAAUGUCUUGUCCGCAUUGGUACAGACUUAUUUGCACAAAUAUCUCCCCAUGGUUACUUUUACCAUGAAUGUAUUUAAUGCAAUUACAGUUUGAAUCCACUCUGCUGUUUAUAAAUGGUGAUAUGGUUUGUUAACUUCACCAAAUCGGUCAGCCCCAACACACAUGCAGUACUAGACAUACACUAUAUUGCCAAAAGUAUUCGCUCAUCUGCCUUUAGACGCAUAUGAAGUGACAUCCCAUUCUUAAUCCAUAGGGUUUAAUAUGAUGUCGGCCCACCCUUUGCAGCUAUAACAGCUUCAACUCUUCUGGGAAGGCUUUCCACAAGGUUUAGGAGUGUGUUUAUGGGAAUUUUUGACCAUUCUUCCAGAAGCGCAUUUGUGAGGUCAGACACUGAUGUUGGACGAGAAGGCCUGGCUCGCAGUCUUCGCUCUAAUUCAUCCCAAAGGUGCUCUAUCGGGUUGAGGUCAGGACUCUGUGUAGGCUAGUCAAGUUCUUCCACACCAAACUCGCUCAUCCAUGUCUUAUGGACCUUGCUUCGUGCACUGGUGCGCAGUCAUGUUGGAACAGGAAGGGGCCAUCCCCAAACUGUUCCCACAAAGUUGGGAGCAUGGAAUUGUCCAAAAUCUCUUGGUAUGCUGAAGCAUUCAGAGUUCCUUUCACUGGAACUAAGGGGCCAAGCCCAGCUCCUGAAAAACAACCCCACACCAUAAUCCCCCCUCCACCAAACUUCACAGUUGGCACAAUGCAGUCAGACAAGUACCGUUCUCCUGGCAACCGCCAAACCCAGACUCGUCCAUCAGAUUGCCAGAUGGAGAAGCGUGAUUCGUCACUCCAGAGAACGCGUCUCCACUGCUCUAGAGUCCAGUGGCGGCGUGCUUUACACCACUGCAUCCGACGCUUUGCAUUGCACUUGGUGAUGUAUGGCUUGGAUGCAGCUGCUCGGCCAUGGAAACCCAUUCCAUGAAGCUCUCUACGCACUGUUCUUGAGCUAAUCUAAAGGCCACAUGAACUUUGGAGGUCUGUAGCGAUUGACUCUGCAGAAAGUUGGCGACCUCUGCGCACUAUGCGCCUCAGCAUCCGCUGACCCCGCUCUGUCAUUUUACGUGUUCUACCACUUUGUGGCUGAGUUGCUGUCAUUCCCAAUCGCUUCCACUUUGUUAUAAUACCACUGACAGUUGACUGUGGAAUAUUUAGUAGCGAGGAAAUUUCACGACUGGACUUGUUGCACAGGUGGCAUCCUAUCACAGUACCACGCUGGAAUUCACUGAGCUCCUGAGAGCGGCCCAUUCUUUCACAAAUGUUUGUAGAAGCAGUCUGCAUGCCUAGGUGCUUCAUUUUAUACACCUGUGGCCAUGGAAGUGAUUGGAACACCUGAAUUCAAUUAUUUGGAUGGGUGAGUGAAUACUUUUGGCAAUAUAGUGUAUCUAAUAACCUCAUGAACUUUUUUUUUUUAACUUAAAUAUUGUGUUGUGAUGCUAACCAAAUGGCCAAUAUUGGUUAAUAUUUGCUGUGUGUAUGUAGUGCUACAUAGACUGCAUGCUUAAUAAAAAUAAACUAAUGUUUCAAUUAUGAAUUUUUUUUUUUUUUUUUUUUUUUUUCUCACCUUUUAUCUACAGGAUUCAAACAAUCUGAGAAAACCUGUAAAUAUCAGGAUUUUGAAAGUGAUUUUUAUGCCUGGAAAAGUCUUUAAAACAAUGUCAUAGCAUUGUUAUUUCUAGUCAAAAUAAGUUUUCCUCAUUUUGCUCUAAAAUAUUUCAUUUGCUACAAUAUUGCUCUUUGUGAGUGCUUAUGCAGAAUUAAACUUACUCGAUGGACAUGCUAGUUUGAGUGUCUUAUUGCAGACCUUUGUACUCUAAUAAGUAAAAUCUUUUGCAUAUUUCAAAAUAUUGCUACCUGACAUACAAAUGGAAAUCUGCCUAGCAAUCUAUGUAAAAUUAUUUCUUAAAAAUCCAUAUCCUUUUAAUUAUGAAGGACUGAAAAUAUCCUGUGGAAAAAUUCAUCAGUAAAAAAGUGUGGAAACCCUGUAUAUAAUUAGCUUCUCAUUACUCAUUUGUUGUUGAUGCCUGUUAAAUGGUUGGUUCACCCAAAAAUGAAAAUUCUCUCAUUUACUCACCCGCAGGCCAUCCCAGAUGUGUAUGACUUUACACAUUUUUAAAAGAAUAUCUCAGCUCUGUAGGUCCAUACAAUGCAAGUGAA